AUGCUCAAAAUAUCGAUCUGGACAAAACAAGACGAGGAAAUUUCAACUACUAUGUUAAAUCAUCCUAUAGUUAGAAACAUACGAAGGAGACCUUUAUUGGUGGUUGCUCCGUUAAGUUUGAUUGUAAUUUUAUACUUAUUCAUCUUCAGUCAUAGAGAACCAUCCAAGAAAACUCAAAAAUAUAGUUAUAAAUCAAAAAACAAGUCAUGGUUCAACAAAAAUAAAGAUUCAGUAAUAUUAAGAAAUUUACCUAAAAAUCAUUUAAGUCACUAUGAUUUGAAUCAAUUAACUGUUUCUAAAACUCCUUUAGAAAACAAGGAAGAAAUCUUGGUUUUAACACCAAUGUCAAAAUUUUUACCUGAAUAUUGGGAUAAUUUGAAUAAAUUAUCUUAUGAUCAUAGUUUAAUCUCUUUAGGUUUCAUAUUACCAAGAAAUGAAGAUGGUAACAAAGCUUUAAAAUCAUUAGAAAAAGCAGUUAAACAAACUCAACUGGAUCCAACUACUAAAUUCAAAAAAAUUACUAUUUUGAGACAAGACACUAAUUCAUUAGAAAGUCAAGCAGAAAAGGAUAGACAUGCAUUGGCAGUACAAAAGGAAAGAAGAAGUUUAAUGGCAUUAGCUAGAAACUCUUUAGUUUUCACUACCAUUUCACCAUCAACUUCAUGGAUUUUAUGGUUAGAUGCUGAUGUAAUUGAAACCCCUCCUGAUAUUAUUCAAGAUUUAGCUGCUCAUGAUAAACCAAUAUUGUCAGCUAAUGUUUAUCAAAGAUUCUUCAAUGAAGAAACCAAAAAACCCGAUAUCAGACCUUAUGAUUUUAAUAAUUGGGUUGAAAGUGAAGAAGGGUUAAAAUUAGCUAAAACUUUGGGUGAAGAUGAAAUCAUUGUUGAAGGAUAUGCUGAAAUGGCUACUUAUAGAACUUUAAUGGCUCAUUUAUAUAAUGCUAAAGCCGAUCAAAACACCGAAAUGGCCUUAGAUGGUGUUGGAGGUGGAGCUGUUUUAGUUAAAGCUGAUGUUCAUAGAGAUGGUGCUAUGUUCCCUUCAUUCCCAUUUUAUCAUUUAAUUGAAACUGAAGGUUUCGCUAAAAUGGCCAAAAGAUUGGGUUACGAAGUCUUCGGUUUACCAAACUAUUUGGUCUAUCAUUAUAAUGAAUAA